UACGUUACUGUAUCUUUAGACGGAAAUGAUUUGAAAGUAAGAUUUUUAGGUCAGGAUGAGAUACGAACUACAAGUUAUUUAUUUGAUCGGAAUCUUUCAAGCAGCACACGGGGAAUAUGUUAUGGGAAAAAUCAUUGAAACAGCGCUGGACGCUGCGGUGCAAACGGACUUGGGGAAUACGUUUUAUGAAUACCCAUACGAUGGAACUGGGUAUUACGUUAAAACAGGAGGUCAUUCAAUGUACGACGGAUCACAUUUGACCUUUCAAAGUAAAAAGGUAACAUUUUCGGAAACCUAUUUAAACGGAGCAGCAACACAUGGAAAAGUUUUCAGUUUCCCGAACUACGCUUUUGGGAGCAAUCCAUUUAUUGCAUUGAUGGCCAUAGAUAAUCAAGACGACGAAUUUCACAACUACAGACUGCAGGUAUUCGGCUACCCGAUCGCGUUGACGACGAGCGGCUAUUCAAUCAUACACAGCGGCGUUCUUAUUGUUGACCGAGCAAAAGUUCAUUAUUACGUCAUAGAGUACUACAGCGACCCCAAUCCAAUUGUCUGUGAGAUUUACUUCACGAUAGGGAAAAGCGAAACACCGGAUUACGAAUUUGUCGUUGAAGCUAAAAGUGACAACGAUUCGUUCAGUUUGAACGUAGCUCGAAUAAGCGGGAAACCAAAAGACACUCUGCUCGUUUAUAUUCCGAUAUCGAAAUCCGCUGCAGAACCAUUGAAAACGACAGACAUACAUAAUCUUAUCAUCCCAACCGUUCGUUCUUUUAGCAAAGUCGCAGAAACGUCUUCUGCUGGAUCUGAUUACGUCACGUCGUUGUUGCGAGUGUUUGAAGAAGAAACUGCUCCAGAGAUAAGAAAUAAUGUCGCACAUUUGGUUUUUCCAAAUAGUGAAAAUGGUUUAUCCAGUUCUAGUGAUAAUGCUGUUUACGAGACGUGGAGAAACAAAAUUGUGUGUUCUGAGGACAUAUACAAUGCUGAGACAAUAUUAUUUUACAACCAGGACAAAUGCUACCCUGAGUUCUGUGUUGGUAGCAGAGCAACCCAUCCAUUCAUUGCCUUGAUGUGGAUUGACAAUCCUGAUUAUAAUGUUUAUUCAAUGAAGGUUGGUGUUUUAAUAUAAAGCUGAGUUGGUAUAAAACUACAAACAGGAUAUUUGAUUCUAAAUGCUUUAAUGUUUAUGGAAUAUUUAUCCAAGUACUAAGACCAUAAAUGAUUAAUUAUGGUCUCUAUGUUACUAAUGCACUGCCCCAUCCAUGAUUCAAUGUGGGAUUUUUUAUUAUGUAUUUGCGAUUCACAUCUCUUGCCUGGUGGCGUGAAACAAUGGUUAGGUCUCCAACCCAUAGGUUAUGAGUUCAAGGCUCGUCGCUGUUACUAUUGUGGGUGAAUGAGUAUUUUGUAAUGUAAUGUAACUUA